AUGCUCGUCGGCUCCACUUUCGACGACGCUGCGCAACCGCCGAAAAAGCAUGGCGGUCUGCCAAUUCAAGCACCGCCUGCAGCGCCCAUCUGCCCUGCUCUGCCCUGCCCUCACCCGCCCCGCCCCGCCCCGGCGCAUCCUCUGCAGGCAGAAGUGCCCGUCGAGGUCAUCGUCAUCCUUCCCUCGCCCGCUCUCGACCGUUCGCUGAGUGAUGAAUGGACUGCGAUACCGCCCAUCCUUGCAAGUGAGCUCCACAUAAGCCUCGUUGCCCUCGUCGCUUCUUAUCCCCUCGUCACCAUCGUUCCUGUCUUCAUCACCACCACCACCACCACUACCAUCCUGGCUACCGCCUCCCUACGUCGCUCCGCCCUCGACGCCGCACGAUCUUCGCGACUCCUUCCGGAAUACCAGCGGAUCACACCUACACCCCCCUUCACCUCACAACACAUGCUGCGACCUGUGCUCUUUCGGAAUUCGCACGCGACUGUGCGUGCAUCCCACGCGGACGAGGCGGUGGGCUUCUUCGGGGAACGCCAGGCCCUUUGCUGCCGAUACGCUACACGCGUGGCACGGGAGCUAAGCUCGCAGCAACACCUAGGGCCCAGGGCAAAGAGCUGCACAAGCCUCACAGCGGGCUCAGGGUUGAAAACCGGUGCGGGCAAGGCUCUGUUUGCUCCCACACAGUUCGCCCACGCCGAGUGCUGCGGCUGCGAGUUCUCGCGCACGCGCAGCACACAGGCCUGUCGUCGACUCGAUCCUGUUAAAAGCCAUCUCGAACAGCAUGCUGACCCGCUCGUCUGUCCUUCUUAUCCACCCCUCCUUCCUUUCCCGCUCGCUUGUGGCGACGACGGCGAUAUGGCGGUCACCCACUCUCGCGGCGCUGCGUACACUGUUCGCAACUGCUGGGCUUCGUUUGGACUGUUCUGCAUCCAUGUAGGCGAGUUCCUCACGUUUGCCGCGGUCAUCCUCAUGGUCUUUGCCAACAUUGGCCAAUUGACCAACAACAUUGUGACGCGCAACAUCCGCUACGUCUCGGUGGACGCCAGCAACCUCGGCAACGCACUCGCGUCGACCAACACGGCCACCAACAACCUGUACGCCGCCAACCCCGCGGCUCCCGUGGCGCAGGGCAACGGCAUCAGGCAGAGCUACCAGUGGGGUCUGUACAACUACUGUGCCGGCCAGCCCUCGGGUGACUCGCGUGCGUGCAGCGACAAGAGCUUUGGCUUCGAGUGGCUGCCCGUCGAUGCGCUGCUCAACGAUGCGCCCCAGGACGCACGCAACGGCAUCCAGAACUUCCUGCCCGAGGCGACGUUCCGCGACUCGAAAUACCUGGGCGACUACUCGAAGCCGGCCAUGUACCUGAUCUUUAUCGGCUCGUGCCUCGCGCUGCUCUCGUGGAUCUCGGGUCUGCUCUCGCAUCGCUUUGCCUUCCUCGGCGCUGCGUUCAUUGCGCUGCUCGCCGCCCUGACGCUCGGCGUGGGCGCUGCACUGCUCACCGCCAUCUACACCAAGGCGCGCGACUCGGUGGGCGUGCAGUACGGCGUGGUGGUGCACUACGGCAAUGCGCUCUGGAUGACGUGGGGUGCGUUUGUCGCCUGCGUGCUCGCCAUUGUGCCCUACAUCCUCUCGUGCUGCACGGGCAGGAGCGACGACUACUAA